GUCGACCAUAUACAUGGGGUUGACAACUGACUCCCAUACAGUUAAUUCAGCAUCCGGGAUCCGGUGGUGGUCAGAUGAUCGCUGCCAAGAUCCAGGACUCAAAUGCUUUCUGAGUUUGUACUGCUUGAUAGAGUAGCACACUCAUAUGCGAUUUAUUAUUCAAAAGUAAUUUUAAAAAAUGGCCACUAAUCCUCCUAAAUUAAAAGUUGCCGUCGUUGAUGACGAAAGGCUGCAAAAUUUGAAAAAUGCUUUUGAAAGACAGUUUGGAGGAUCCCCUCUCUUCUAUGCAUGUGCACCCGGAAGAGUCAAUCUCAUAGGUGAGCACAUUGAUUAUUGUGGCUUCUCUGUGCUCCCGAUGGCUAUUGAACAGAAUGUCUUUGCCGCCGUCUCACUGAAUCAUUCAGGGACAAUACAGCUGGCCAAUGUAAAUCCUCUUUACAACCAAAUCACUGUGUCCUGUUCAGAGGAAAUAGUUAUCGACAGAGCUAACCCGAAGUGGUAUUAUUAUUUCUUAUGUGGAGUUAAAGGCAUUCAGGAAAAGUUUGGGAUCACGCGUUUACCGGGAAUGUCGUGCGUCGUCGAUGGAAACGUUCCGCCGAGCUCCGGCCUGUCCAGUUCUAGUGCCCUGGUUUGCUGUGCUGGGCUUGUAACAAUGGAGGCAAAUCAGCAGUCACUCUCCAAAGUAGAUCUUGCAGAGAUAUGUGCCAAAUGUGAGUGCUACAUCGGCACAGAGGGAGGAGGCAUGGAUCAGUCCAUCUCAUUCCUGGCAGAGAAAGGAACUGCAAAACUGAUCGAGUUUGAACCUUUGAGGCCCACUGAUGUCCGACUACCUGACGGUGCUAUGUUUGUGAUAUCCAACUGCUGUGUGGAGAUGAAUAAAGCAGCAUCUUCACAUUUCAACAUCCGUGUGGUGGAGUGUCGGAUCGCCACAAAGAUGCUGGCCCAAGCCAAAGGGUUGGACCAAAAUGGGUUGUUAAAGCUGGCCCAGGUCCCCAAAGAGAUAAAUGCAUCUCUAGAGGAGAUGCUUGCUCUGGUGGAUGAGGUUCUACAUCCUGAGCCAUACAGUCAAGAGGAGAUCUUUAAGGUUCUGGGCAUCACCUCCCAGCAGUUCUCCACAGAGCUGCUCACUGCAAAUACUCAACAUGUAACACAUUUCAAGCUACACCAACGAGCCAAGCAUGUAUACGGCGAAGCUGCACGUGUGCUGCGCUUUAAAAGCGUGUGUGAUUGUGCACCACCUGAUUCCAUCCAGUUGCUGGGUGACCUGAUGAACCAGAGCCAUGUGAGCUGCAGAGAUCUGUAUGAGUGCAGCUGCCCAGAAUUGGACCAACUGGUGGACAUCUGUCUGAAAUCAGGUGCUGUGGGCUCACGACUGACAGGAGCAGGCUGGGGCGGCUGCGCUGUGUCCAUGGUUCCGAGUGACAAAGUCCCGUCUUUCUUGCAAGCAGUGAGGAAAGCCUACUACCUCCCUGAUCCGCGUAGAGCAGCAAUGGAAAAACAAAGUUUGUUUGUGUCAAAGCCUGGAGGAGGUGCAGCAAUCUAUCUCGAGAAAUGACAUAUUACACUAACAUUACCUAAAAUAUUUUCACUUGGACCAAAAAAACUUGAAAAAAAGGUAGCAAAAAUGAAACUCAAAACCUGUUUUUUUUUUCCAGGGGAAUAAAGGGAAACAUUUUUAAUCGUGUUUUGCAAUCAAUAAUUUGUGUAUGAAGCUUCACUAUUACACACAAGGUAAAAUACAUUGAAGUGGGUGACAUAUCCAGGACGACAUUCGUCUGAACAUUUUUAGGAUAUUUAAAUUGUCUAUAAGACACAGGGCCAAUGUUUUUCUUUACAGUACUGUACGUUAUUUUCAGCAUAGACCCAUUCUUAUAUGUUUAUAUUUUUAUACACAUUGAUUUACGUGACCUUAAACCUGUUAGGUUCUGACAGCAGAACCAUGAGAAUGGAUAUGUAUAUGCAUAUGUAUGAAUUAUGGAUCCACUGUUGACUGUACCCAGAACAAUA